UUACCUAUGCGAAAAAACACUACUUGGAAAUAUGAAAUAGAUUGAAGGUAGCUGCUACAUGGGUCCAGUUGGAAACUGAGCCUGUUUUGAAAUGGAGGGCAAAAUGAUCGGACCGGGACCUUACAGGGCAACGAAGUUGUGGAAUGAAACUAUCCGGCUCUUUCGUGGAGGAAUGCCUUUGCGUCGACACAGGCUACAUUUUCGUAGUUAUGACAACAGCUUCACUGGCUCAGAGGCUAUCGACUGGCUCCACGAGCUUCUGAAGCGGAACCACAACUUUGGACCCGAAGUCACUCGCUACCAAACUCUUCAGCUCUUGAGGAAAUUCCAGAAGAACCACGUAAUUGAGGACGUGAAAGGCCGGUUUGGCAAAGAGGAUUUUGAAGAUAAUGGACACUUGUACAGAUUUCCCCCAGAAUCUCCUCUUAAGCCUUUGCCCCAGAAGCCACGGCAGGCUGACAGCUCGACCCUGCCCAGGCUGCCCCGCUGGGAUGACUAUGACGAGGUCUCGUCGCAGGGAAGUCUCCCCCUGAAACCUCUCGUCCUGAAUUCAGAGACGUGGAAUAAGAGACACAGCAUAGCUAUUGGAGAGGUACACGAAUGCAAGCUUAUCCGGAGGAAAGAGAUCACGGCAAAACACCUGGAUCAGAUCUGGAGGGCCAUGACAAUAGCUGAGUUACAGCGUGGGCUUGGACUGCCGUCAUUGGAGGGUGUGUUGGACUCCAAGCAUGUCAACCCAAAGCACAUCAUUCACAAUGUCUACUGUGUCAACAAGCAAGGCAUUGUGGUCCUAAAAAACAAAACAGAUGACCUUCCACAUUGGGUGUUGUCCGCUAUGAAGUGCUUGGCAAACUGGCCCAAUGGCUGUAAUGACAAGCAGCCCAUGUACCCCGGCUUUGAGAGAGAUGUCUUCAGGACGGUGGCCGAGUACUUUCAGAAGCUGAAGGAGCCUCUUCUGACAUUCCAGCUCUAUGAGGUGUUUGUCAACAUUCUUGGCCUGCUCCAGAAGCAGCAGGUGGCGUCCGAAGCAGUGCAGGUGUGCUGUGUCCUGCUGCCCCCUGCCAACCGCCGCAAGCUGCAGCUCCUGCUGCGCCUCAUGGCCCGCGUGUGCCACAACCCCACCCUGCCACCACUCAACGACGCCAUAGCAACGCGCACGCUGAUGGCUCAGACCUUCUCCCGUUGCAUCCUGUCCUCGCCUGAUGAGGUGGACCUGGAUGAACUGCUGGCUACCAAGCUGGUCACUUUCAUGAUGGACAACCAGGAGGUGGCGCUGCAGGUCCCUGCCGGCCUCCAGAAGUCUGUGGAAGAGCACGUUAGCCAGUUACGCCGGGUACAGAUAAAGUACGCCGGAGCAGACACCGACACGUCUGUGAUGUCCCCGAAAGACCCGCCGACGUUCUGCCGACAGAUCAGCCGCGAGGAGUUUGAGGAGCAGCGCGUCUCGGCCUCGCAGGACGCCAUGGUGGAGCUGCUGGAGGGCAUCAUUCAGGACAAGAACAUGUCCGUCAAGGACAAGAAGAAGAAGAUGAAGCAGUUCCAGAGGUCGUACCCUGAGAUCUACACACGGCGCUUCCCCACACCAGAGAGCGAGGCAGCCGUGCUUCCGGAAAAGCCCUCGAAGCUGAAGCCCCAGAUGAUGUUCCGCACCCUGACGAAGCCCUUCCAACAGCCCUUCCAGAGAAGCUGGAGCUUCAGGGCCUGAGGGAGAGACUUCAGCGGAUAUCAGCCAGGCUCAUCAUUGGAUCAGGUCACACUCAGUAACACCAGGCACCACUCAGCUAUGACUAUAUUUAAAGGACUAGACUAAGACUAAAGACCUCUGAAUUUUGUCUACAAAAAGGAUCCAAAGUUGCCAUCUGUGCCCAAAUAAGGAGAUCCGGAUCUCCUAAUAUGGGCAAAGAUAGUACCCCAAUCUCCUUAUAUUGGGUAAAGAGCUUUGUGUCCUUUUUGUGAACGAACUGCAAAAGAAGGCUUAAUUUCAUUGAAGACUUCAUUUUGUUUUCAUCAACCCCCCUCCUCUUUUAGUUUUGGUCAAGCAGAUGAUGGAUAUCAUAAGUGUUAGGAAACACAACCAAGGGAUACUCUUUCCACGCCUCUGUUGCACCAUGUUUCAGUACUUGCUUAUUUCAAACAAGAUGCGGUGUGUAGUUUUUGUUGAUGACAACUAAACUGAUUAGACACAUAACAAAGUGUUUCCAAAGUCACGGCGAAGAGACUUGUGUUAAUAUUUCUGUGUGUUGUGCAUGUGGUUUGUCUUUUUAUGGGUGUUGUUUGUAGUCUUCACCGUGUGCGUGCUAAAUAUGUCUGACAAAAACUACAUACAGUACGGUACAGAAAUGGAGAAAUCCAAACAUUUCAAAGACACUAAGCAAUUUGAUGCAACAUUGGUGGAUUGGAAAGCAUAAAUAUCUGCUUCAAGUCAUGGACUGGACAUCUUUGUGAAACACAAAAUUAUGUAUUUCAAAUUCUGCUUCUAAGGAACAUUUCUGGUUAUUGUGUAAGUUUUAAAGGUGUAUAAUUUAAUGUCUAACUUGAAAGAAAAAACAAUUUACUGUAACAGACUGCGUCAGCACUGGAAGAAUUUAUUAGAUAGAAACUUGAGUACUGUAGGUUAAAUAAUAUGACCAGAUAAUAAUAAUGUAUACAUUCCAUAACAUACUGAAAGCAGUGUACUGCUAAUGAAAUGCAUUUCAGUAUAUUUUACAUCCUGUGUGUUAAUAUGACUAAAUUAAGCAGCUGCCUUACAGUA